AUGCAAAAUCAGAUUGAAGAGAAGUCAGAGGAAGUGAAAGUAGAUGAUAUUGAUCCCAAGUCAAACAUUCUGUUCACAAUGAAUAUUGACACUCAGGACAUCAAUAUUGUAUUGGAUAAAGAAAUUGCUGAAGAAAAGAAAUUUGAAUCUGUGAAUGUUGAGAAAUUUGAAUCACCGGUAAAGGAUGCAUUUGCUGUUGGGAAAUCUGAGUGGCAAAACAUGAAGGAUGGAUGGCAAAAUGUGAAAGAUGAAUGGCGAAUUUUAAAGGUUUCAGUAGUAGCACAUAGUGAGGGGCUUAAUGCCAAGGCAUUCCAUGGUGGGAUGGAGGAAUCUUUGGAUCAAACGCACCUAAAUAAGAAGGCAGAAAGCAUAGAAGCUAAAGACUUAGGUGAACUUCAAGCAGAGUUUCUCAAGUGGGGCAUGAAAGUCCUUGCCCCUCAUAUUGCAAAAAUAUUCAAUAACAUCAUUCCUCAUGGGUUUCCUAAAGAUUGGACUACAAGUCUUGCUAUACCUCUUUUCAAAAGUGGAGAUGUUAAUAACCCCUCCAACGAUAGGACUAUAAUGAUCAAUCCUUUGUUUGCUAAGUUAUUUGGCAGCAUGAUAGAAAAUAGAAUCAGGAAGUGGGCAGAAGAAAAUCAUAAAUGUGCAAAAGGCCAAGCUGGUUUCAGACCUAAACAUUCCACAGUUGAUCAUGGUAUUACUUUGAGACACAUCAUCGAAAAAACUUGGGAGAAAAAGGAAGAUGUCUUCUGUUGCUUUGUUGAUUUCAAAAAAGCUUUUGACAUAGUCCCACGUGACAAAUUGUGGCACAAAAUGGAAGAGCUUGGUAUCCCGGCUCAUCUUAGGGCUGCUGUUCAUAGGCUUUAUGAGGAGGUUAAAGUGAAAAUCAGAACUCCUGAUGGCAUGAUGGCAUUUCAACUAGUUUUAGGAGUGAUAUUGGUGUCAAACAAGGGUGUCCUCUUUCACCUACCUUGUUUGGCUUAUACAUUGACAAACUUGAAGAAUGGUUAA